AUGGCUGCGGCCGACCCCUGGGACCCGGCGUCCGCGCCAAACCCUGCGGGGCUACUGCUGGGCCAUCUCGCGGCCACGGGCACAGUCACUCAGGAGAUACUAGAUAUAUCUAAGAAAUCAACUCCUUGCUUCGUGAACUUCUCCAGGCUACAGCAGAUCACAAAUAUUCAAGCUGAAAUCAAUCAGAAAAAUCUGGAAAUUGAACUUCUAAAACUAGAAAAAGAUACAGCAGACAUUGUUCAUCCUUCUUUUUUGGCUCAAAAGUGUCAAACUCUGCAAAGCAUGAAUAAUCAUUUGGAAGCAGUGCUGAAAGAGAAGAGGUCCCUCCGGCAAAGACUGUUGAAACCCAUGUGCCAGGAAAACCUGCCUAUUGAAGCAGCUUACCACAGAUACAUGGUACAAUUGCUGGAGUUGGCUGUGACUUUUAUUGAGAAAUUAGAAACCCAUCUUGAAACAAUUAGAAAUAUUCCUCAUUUAAACACAAAUCUAAAGAAAAUGAGCAAGGCUUUAGCCAAGAUGGAUAUUUUGGUGACUGAGACAGAAGAACUGGCAGAGAAUAUACUCAAAUGGCGAGAACAACAAAAGGAAAUUUCUUCUUGUAUCCCAAAAAUAUUAGCUGAAGAAAAUUAUCUUCAGAAAUAUAUUAUAACAACAUAA